UCCGGUCGUCGUUACUGGCAGAGGUGAAAGACACCGACACAUUCAGCGCAGAUUCAAGCGUUAAUUCGGAUUAAAUAUCGGCGAAAUCCGGAUUCGUUCUGCUGAAGCGAUCGGCGGGCGUCAUCGCGGAUCAGAAACCAGAACACACCGAAGCGUAAAAGUGAAGGAAAGGUGCGAGUAAACUCGUUUGGUUUAGAAGUGAAAGAGAAUUCCGACUGAGACUCAUUGAAUCGAACAGAUUACGUCAGGAUUACAUAGUUCAUAUUUAAACACUAGAAGUGUAGGAUUAUUAUUAUUUCACUUACAAUAUAUAUUGUUUUCCCUUAUUAGUAGCUCAUAUUAAUAACCCAGCGUUUCAUAAUAGAGAUCAGCUAUAAUGGCAGUUGGUCCGGCAGAAACUCUCCAUGUGCUCCAUAGAUGAGCUGUAGAGCUCAGGCAGGGGGUUUUAAUGGGAGGCGGCUUGAUCUGCUCUGAGAUCAGCGGGCGAAUCUUGCACAGAUGGCGGAGGUACCGGCUCUGGCCCGGUUGGAGUCCCUGGCCCGGUAUGUUCACAAAGCGGCCAGCGAGGGGCGAGUCCUGACCCUGGCCGCCCUUCUUCUGAACCACUCCGGCGUCCAGACCCGAUACCUGCUGGAGUAUGUGACCCAGGAGGCGGGACAGAGGUCCACACCGCUCAUUAUUGCUGCUCGGAACGGACACGACAAGGUGGUCCGGCUGCUUCUGGACCAUUACAAGGUGGACACUGAACAGACCGGGACUGUCCGGUUUGAUGGGUAUAUUAUUGAUGGCGCCACGGCUCUUUGGUGUGCAUCUGGUGCUGGGCAUUUUGAGGUGGUACGUUUGCUGGUUUCGCACAGCGCUAACGUGAAUCACACCACCCUCACAAACUCCACCCCCCUCAGGGCUGCCUGCUUCGAUGGCCGGCUGGACAUCGUACGGUAUCUCGUGGAGCACAAGGCCGACAUCAGCAUCGCUAAUAAGUACGACAACACUUGUUUGAUGAUCGCUGCCUACAAGGGCCACACCGACGUUGUUUUCUUCCUGCUGGAGCGGGGCGCGGAUCCCAACUCCAAAGCUCACUGUGGGGCCACCGCGCUGCACUUCGCCGCAGAAGCCGGGCAUCUGGAUAUCGUGAAGGAGUUGGUACGAUGCCAAGCGGCGAUGGUGGUUAACGGACAUGGCAUGACGCCACUGAAAGUGGCAGCCGAGAGCUGCAAAGCGGACGUCGUAGAGCUGCUGCUGUCGCAUGCGGAUUGCGACGUGCAUAGCCGUAUCGAAGCGUUGGAACUACUUGGGGCAUCUUUCGCCAAUGACCGUGAGAAUUACGACAUUCUUAAGACCUACCACUACUUGUACCUCGCCAUGCUGGAGCGAUUUCGCGAUCCAGAGAGGGUCAUCGCCAAAGAGUUGCCGUCUCCUGUUGUGGCUUACGGAGCGAGGGCAGAGUGCCGGACUUUGCAAGACUUAGAGGCCGUUCGACACGACCGGGAUGCCCUACACAUGGAAGGCCUGAUGAUUCGCGAACGAAUUCUGGGUGCGGAUAAUAUCGACGUGUCGCAUCCCAUAAUAUAUCGCGGCGCGGUCUACGCCGACAACAUGGAGUUCGAACAGUGCAUCAAACUCUGGCUGCACGCCUUGCAUCUACGCCAACAAGGAAACCGCAACACGCAUAAAGACCUCUUGAGAUUUGCGCAAGUGUUCUCGCAAAUGGUCCACCUGAAGGAGCCGGUCCGCGCAUCGGACGUUGAACACGUUUUGCGCGCCAGCGUCCUGGAAAUCCGCCGCAGCUUGCCGCGAGUGCGAUCCGCCACCGAUGCGGAGUUGCCGGCGGCCAACGACAGCUACGAAUCCAACGUGUUCACCUUCCUCUACCUGGUUUGCAUCUCUUCGAAAACGCAGUGCGGCGAAGAGGAGCGAGCGCGUAUAAACAAACAGAUCUACGACUUAAUACGCCUUGAUCCGCGAUCCCGAGAGGGGUCGUCGCUUUUGCACCUAGCGGCUAGCUCUAGUACGCCAGUAGACGACUUCCACACCAACGACGUUUGCAGCUUUCCUAACGCGCAAGUGACCAAGCUGCUCAUCGACUGCGGCGCCCAGGUAAACGCCGUGGAUCAUGAAGGAAACAGCCCUUUACACCUCAUCGUACAGUACAACCGUCCCAUCAGCGACUUCUUGACCCUCCACGCCAUCAUCAUCAGCCUCGUGGAAGCCGGCGCGCAUACGGACAUGACCAACAAGCAAAAGAAGACCACGCUUGAUAAGAGCACAACAGGCGUCUCAUGA